CAAAGGGCGGCGCCUUCCGCUACGGACGGCGCGGCUGCGACAGCUCUGCGCUCAGUCCUCCAUCGGGUUAACCAGGCAGCCGAGAGGGCCGGUCGUGCGCCGGACCGGAUCAGAGUUGUGGCCGUGAGCAAGACUAAGCCGGUCCCCCUCCUCCGCCAAGUGUACGACGCCGGACACCGCUGCUUCGGAGAGAAUUAUGUCCAAGAGCUCGUUGAGAAAGCUCCUCAGCUGCCGGAAGACAUAGAAUGGCAUUUUAUUGGAAAUUUGCAAAGCAAUAAAGUGAAGACACUUCUGACUGGGGUACCAAAUCUUGCCAUGGUGGAGACUGUAGAUGAUGAGAAGAUUGCAAAUCAUCUUAACCGGGCAAUUGGAAACAUUGGAAGGAAACCUUUGAAAGUAUUGGUCCAAGUCAAUACAAGUGGUGAAGAAUCUAAAUCUGGUGUUGAACCUGCUGGUUGUGUGGAUCUUGUGAAGCAUAUUAGUAUGAACUGCCCUAAUCUUGAAUUUUGUGGCCUGAUGACAAUAGGAAUGCCAGAUUACACUUCUACCCCAGAGAAUUUCAAGACAUUAGCAAGCUGUAGAAGCGAAGUGUGCAAGGCCCUUGGGAUAGCAGAAGAGCAGUGUGAGCUGUCAAUGGGCAUGUCUGGUGACUUUGAGCUUGCUAUUGAGAUGGGCAGCACAAAUGUUAGGAUUGGAUCUACCAUAUUUGGAGCCAGAGAGUAUCCAAAGAAACAGUAAAACUAACUCUGCUGCUCCGCAUUUAGAGAAUUACAGCCGUAAAAUUUCUUAUUCUCUGCCCCAUCACCCUACAACUGCUUUUGAUUUUUGCUCACUGGAGCUAGCGUUUUGGGCUAAGCAAUUUCCACAUUCAGCAGCAUGUGGUCUGUUUAAUGAUAUCCACACCACUAUGUAGCUCGUUGAUGGCUACUUGAUCCCAAUCUUGCAUACGAUGGCUGUAAUAACUUAAAAAAUUAAAGAGAAAUUUUUUGACGAGUGUUCGGAGUUGGAAUGUUUACAGUCUUUUUUAUACAUGUAACAUGGAUGGAUCCCUGAUGAA